AUGGAUAGUAGAGGUGAGGCUGUGCUGGUGGUGGUGGUGGUGGUGGUGGUGGUGGUGCAGUGUGUGGCGGCCCUCUUGCCCGUCACCUCUCCCACUCCCGCACACCCCGAGGCACACACCCCGGUGCACCUCGCCAGUUAUUAUGGCCACGUGGAGGUACUGGAGCAGCUGGCAGGUGCUGGCUGGCCCCUCACCGCCAGGGACAGUGAUGGCAACACACCCAUGCACUCUGCUGCGGCCGGGGGUAGAGUGACAUGUGUGCAGUGGCUGGUGCAGCGAGGCGGUGACACAAGCAUGCAAAAUAAUGCUGGACACACCCCGCUUGACGAGCAGUGUGUGGCGGCCCUCUUGCCCGUCACCUCUCCCACUCCCGCACACCCCGAGGCACACACCCCGGUGCACCUCGCCAGUUAUUAUGGCCACGUGGAGGUACUGGAGCAGCUGGCAGGUGCUGGCUGGCCCCUCACCACCAGGGACAGUGAUGGCAACACACCCAUGCACUCUGCUGCGGCCGGGGGUAGAGUGACAUGUGUGCAGUGGCUGGUGCAGCGAGGCGGUGACACAAACAUGCAAAAUAAUGCUGGACACACCCCGCUUGACGAGGUAGGCAGUGCGGAGGGGCAGGAGGGUGGACGUAUGCAAACUGUCUUACGAUCUGGUUCAAAGUUUAACAGAUAG